AUGGAUGGCUUGAAUGUCUCCAUUGCUUUUUUCUUCCUGGUUUUUGGGCUGUGCCAGGUGCUCAGGUGGCUUUCCAAGAGGCUUCUGUCCCCUGGGACACAUGGCUGCCUUGCCAGGGAAUUUGCUGGCUCGUUCCAGCUGUGCAUGAGCUGCCUGGAGCUGAGGAUGCUGAUGGACAUCGGCCCCUGGGGUGGUGGCUUUGGCCUGGACGUGCUCCUGACCCUCCUCUUCCUCCUCUCCACUGUCCACGGUGCCUCUUUGGACGGAGCAUCCGCCAACCCGACCGUGUCCCUGCAGGAGUUCCUGCUCCUCGAGUCCAGCCUGGCAGCCACAGCGGCCAAGCUGCUGGCCCAGGGUGGGGGUGCAGGGACGGGCUGGGCUCUCACCCGGCUCUACUGGUCCUGGGAGCUGAGCCAGCUGCACUUCAUCCAGAACCUGAUCGCGCCCGAGUGCAGCUCCUCCAUCCGCACCUCCCUGCCCCACGCUGCCUUCGUGGAAGGCUCCUGCUCCUUCCUGUUCCACCUUGUCCUCCUCAAGGUGCGACAGAGUCACCCCCUGUACCGGGUCCCUGCGCUGGCAGCCACUGUCACCUUCCUGACCUACGCAGCCGGACCGUACACUGGGGCCUUCUUCAACCCUGCCCUGGCCACAGCCACCACCUUCCACUGCUCGGGGAGCAGCUUCUGGGACUACAUCCAGGUGUACUGGCUGGGGCCCCUCGCAGGGAUGCUCGCUGCCCUCCUGCUGUUCCAGGGCAACAUCCCACGCCUCUUCCAGAAAAACCUCCUCUACAGCCAGAGGAGCAAAUACAAGGUGCCCAAGGCAAAGGUGACAGCGCAGGUGGAGGGUGACAAACCACAGAAGAAGAAGAAAGGAGGGAAGAGCAAGUCGGAGCCCCGUGCCUGAGCCCAGGAGUCCUGGCAGCCCUUUUCCCGGGAAAGGGUUUCCCGGUGUGGAGGAUUUUGCAGCUCGUUCAGUCCUUAAAGCAUCACAAAGGAAUCCUCGCAGGAUGCCCGAGCCCCUGAGCUCCUUUGGGAAUUGCUUCAAAAGCCUCCCUGGAGAGUUUGAAAUGUUUCAAGCCCACACUGCUGCCUCUGAGAGAAAACACGGAACACUUUUGCAUAAAUUGCUGGUUGUCUUGUACUGCCAGGAAUCUUACAGAGAGCUGGGACCGUUCCAGGGGCAGGCUUGAGCAACCCGGGGUUAUUGCACCGUGCAAUGCCUGCAAUAACCCCCCUGGGUCUCUUGCAGCCCUAAAAACCAAGGAUAAGCCAGUAACUGCCUUGGACACUUGGGAUGGGGAGGAAGCAGGCUUUGAUCUUUUGAGUUACUAAUGGAAACUUGUUACAAAUUGG